ACUACAGACCGUCCAGUACUACAGUAUGUGAAGAGGGUGCAUGUGAAAUGCAGGGUUGGGCAGAGUUUCGGAGCACGUUCAGUUGACAGGCGUCGCUGUUGCUGCUCAAUUCGGAUAACAACACAGCCGAAUACAAGGAGCUAGAGAGAUACUCUUCUUUAACUGGAUUAAGCCAAGACAAGCUGUUUUGGACGGAGCGAACUGAAGGCGGAUGAGCGCAGCCCGCGGGAGUGCAAGUGUUUUUCUGUGGCGGGGUCCAGUUAGCGAAACAUGAACAAAAACUUCCGCGUGCCGAGCAACCGAACUCUGAACGCCGUGGAGGUGAAAAGCAAGUUUGGAGCAGAGUUCAGGCGAUUCUCUUUGGACCGGUCCAAGCUGGGACGUUUUGAUGAGUUCUAUGGCUUGCUACAGCACGUGCAUCGGAUCCCCAACGUGGACCUUCUCGUGGGUUACGCCGAUGUCCAUGGGGAUCUACUGCCAAUCAAUAACGAUGACAACUACCACAAAUCUAUCUCCAUGGCAGCGCCUCUACUCCGCCUCUUCUUGCAGCGGAAAGAGGAGGCAGAUUACUCCGCAUUUGGCACGGACACCGUGACCCGUAAGAGGACCCCAGUGGCGCUUGCUGCAGUACUCCUCCGUCCGGACGCCAACAAGAAGCCUCCUAUUAUCAUCAGCCUGCCCAAAGAUUUCCGCCCAGUUUCCUCCAUCAUUGACGUGGACAUUCUCCCAGAAACGCACCGCCGUGUCCAUCUCUACAAACACGGUCAGGAGAAACCUCUGGGCUUCUACAUUCGCGACGGCUCCAGCGUGCGUGUUACACCCCAGGGCCUGCAGAAGUUUCCGGGUAUCUUCAUCUCCCGCAUGGUCCCUGGAGGCCUGGCAGAGAGCACAGGCCUGCUGGCCGUCAAUGAUGAGGUUUUGGAAGUCAACGGAAUUGAGGUGACCGGAAAGUUCCUGGACCAAGUAACCGACAUGAUGAUCGCAAACAGCCACAACCUCAUUAUAACUGUCAAACCAGCCAAUCAGCGCAAUAAUGUGGUACGCAACGGCAAUAGUGGAGACGGGGCCACAUCUGGCAGCUCAGGACGAUCCUCUGACAGCAGUACCAGUUUCUAUGGAUACUCUGCUCCGGGCUCCAUGGCAAUGACUCCAUCCCAUAUUAUUCAGAACUAUGAGCAAGAUGAUGAAAUUGAGGAUGAGGAGGAUCUGGUGAUCGAGGGCAAUGGAGAGACUAAACUCAUUCCACAGGCACCAGCUCGGGCGGCAGCCAGCUCCAGCAUGCCCACUCUCCCCAGAUAUGAGCCCCACCUCAACCUGCAGCCCUCCAAUGGUGCCAUGGCAACAAGUGCAAGUGUGGGGUCUUUGAAUGCCCAUGACGGAGGUUUUGAGGGGCGAAAUCUAGAGGAGGACGGAACAGUCAUUACUCUGUAGUAACAUGAGAAACACACUUAGACACAAAAACAAUGACUGAAGCAACAUACACUAUAUGGCCAAAAGUAUGUGUGGAUACCUCCCUCUUUUUUUUAUCUGGUUUGGUUAUUCCAUUGACAGCAAAUCUUAAUGUGUCCUCACAGAAAUUACUGGAAUAGCAAACCCUGUUAUUUAGAUGGGGGUAUCCAGAGGGCGUAUUUUGGGUCAUAUUACUGUAUAAUCAUCCACAAACAGAAUCACAUGCCAAUACACACUCUUGUGUGCCACAGAACUGACAAUGUAUGUAUUUUAUUUGGGUGAACAGUGAAUAUAGGACCAAGAGGGGUGGCCAGUCACUACAGCACCUUACAGCACUUAUCUAUAAUCAUAGGACCAGGUCGUCCCCAUAAUCAAUGGAGAGCAGCACAGAACUAAAAAAAGCUGCUUUAUGAGUAAUAAUGAACUUCCUGAGUCAGUGUGAAUGAAUGCAGAUGCAAGGUAUUAAUGUCUGUCACAUGACUAAGAACGGGUCUACUUGGGCCCCAUAUGAGUCACGACAAUCUUUGUCUUUGACAACCACUCCAUUCAAAGCCACAUGGCCUUAGCAUUAUCAAAGAGAACAAAGUGUAAUGGUAUACCCAUCCUUUGUGCUACCAUAGUAACUGACUCAGAGCUGUGUUCUGUGAUGGUACUUUUCAAUUUUAGGAGGAAUGCUGAAAUAUGUGCCGUAUAAUUUCCUGUCUACAAUACUAACAUGCCUCUCGUGAUGUCAGCUUACUAGUUCUUAAUGGUUUUCAAGGGAAUCAUGAACAUUUGUGGAGGCUAGACUGAAUGUUUAGGACACUUUUAGAAUUUUUUUAGAUAUCAGAUAUUUCAGUAAGGUUUAGGGUGCUGCCUCAUUUUAGAUACAUACAUAUUCUAUGUACAGUCUCUCUCAAAAGUUUUUAAUCAUAGCCAAAAAUACAGAUUACUUUAAUAUUUUUCAUACUGAUAUUUUUUUAUUUGUACCACUUUUAAUUCUUUAUGACAACGGCUAUCUACCUGCAGGUUAUUUUUCCCAUCGACCUUUAUGGCACAUGUGAUAAGGCUUGAGAUCCCUGUCUGUGGUUAUCAUGUUUCCAUUGAGUACUCUGAAGUCAACAGUGGACUGCUUCAUGUAUGAAGAGUGUCUCUAACCUUCUGAAUAAUAAGCAUUUUGAGUGAUUCAUAGAGAAACAAAGUGUGAUUUGCAGUGAUUUUUAAAUUACAAUGGUAGACCAUUACCAAAAUAUUCUCCCUUAUCAAUAUUUUAGAGGUGAGAACUUGCUUGGAGAUCAGCAAAGGCUAAAACCAUCAAUAUGAGCUUUUGAGAUCUCAGAGUUUGUGUGAACAAAUGCACUGAAAGAGACUGACAUGAUUCGAUAGUGCCUCACUCUAACCUAGGACCUGCUGUCAGAGAUUCAGCCAAAGUAGCCUUUCAUUGGCUUCUUCUUUUUAUUUUCUGUUUUUUUAAUCUCACUGCUGUCUCACUUUCAGAUUAACUAAUGAGAAUCCUAAACACCGGAGAUUUAUAAAUAACCAGACUAGAUCUGCUGUCUCCCCCAAAGCAUUGAGUAGCACACGCACUGUAGCUAUUAUCCUAUAUGCUUUAUUCAGAUCAUCCUAAAUGUUUAAACGACAUGUUGAAUGGAGUCUUUAGCGGUGUUAAAAAAUAAAUUUGUAUAACCACUACACAUGAUUUGGGAUUGUAACCACAGACAUUGUAUUUAUUUUCAAUAUGUAUUUUUACUUGAUUUGUUUUAGCUGACAUACAAACCUCAUGAUUUAGAAAUUAUUAUUAUUAUUUAUUUUGGAUCUUCUCUAUAAAAUUAUGUUUUAAUGGGUUUUCUUUACCCAUCGUCUUCUUUUUUGCUCCUACUUUUUUAGGGGACAGAAAUAUUAAGAAAAUAACUUGCUUUUUUCCAAACUGUGAAUAUCUUUGCAUUUCUAAAGAAGACCAUAUAUCUAUGACCACAUGCUACAGGAGACCUAGAAAUUAGCUUUUAAGCAUUAUCGUUCCUGUGUCAAUUCCUCUUUUUGAUAAUGAGCUAGCCAGAUAGAUCUUAAGGUAUAGAUUUGUACUGAAAUUUUCUGUAUUUUCUUAUUAGUGCUACAUUAUGUAAUUUUGUUUCACAUAAUGAAAUUUUAAAAGGAUAAAUACUAUUUUAAGACAGCUGCACAUGUAGUAAAAUGUUGGAUGAAAUAAACUAAUAUGUAU